AUGCUUCCUGUUGCUGCUUGGCAACGACCAACGUCGAACGACGUCGAUCUCAAAUCGAAGAAAGAGAAAAUUGAUGGGAAGGAGACAAAUACAAAUAUUACUUUCCUUAUGGUUAUAAUUUGUUGGGACAACGCAUUGAAAAUAAGUAAUCAGAUCAGUCAACUCAAAAAGCUUUCAGUCCUAGGAGAGAACGUGCCGGGAAGUAUGAUGUUGAAGAUAUUUUUGAUAUCACAUUUUACGCAACAUCACGAUGAGCAAAGUUUUCUUUACUUUGCUCGCCCUUUGGGCUCUUUGAGUGUCGUGAAUUGCUGUUUGCUGUUAACUAAACAUCCCACUUUACCCUUAAGUCAUCCCCCGCUUUGUCAUGAACAAGCAACGAGCACAAUGCGUUGUUGUCUGAAAGUGGCAGGUCUUUUUGCAGUUCUUCUUGUCAGAGAUAAACCACCAAAACAACCACAAUCACGAUGA